AUGGUCCUGAGCACGGAAUGGUCUCAAGUUGAAGUCAUAGAUCUGAUUAACGAUGGCUCCGGCCUGGGUUUCGGCAUCGUGGGCGGCAGGAGUACCGGCGUGGUGAUCAAGUCCAUCCUGCCUGGUGGUAUUGCAGACAAAGACAGCCGGCUGCAGAGUGGUGACCACAUACUGCAGAUUGGUGAGGUGAAUCUGCGAGGCUUGGCUGCUGACCAAGUUGCCACUGUACUGCGACAGGCUGGGCCUCAGGUUAGAAUGGUGGUUGCCCGUCCGGUAGAGCCGUCCUCGGCUGAGUUUCAAUCAGUCGGCUCGAACGCGCCCAUCGUGCCCACCAAAAUCCUAACCGAUCCGGAAGAACUCGACCGUCAGCUGUCCCAAAACGGCUACACCACCUUUUUCACCUACACGCAGGAGGAGGACAUUUGUCUGGACAGCGAGAACACCGAAGAGAACGAUUUAAAUCCUUGCGAGCCGGAACAGGACGAGAACGAGAACGAGAAGACGAACUGCGUGGAGAACGAGGUGAAUUCGCCCAUCAGCGAGGGCAGAUUGAUUGUCACACCGGUGGAUGUGGAGUUCACGUUGCCGGAGACGGAGAGGGUGUCGGUUACGUUGCACAGGAACGAGUUUGGUUUGGGCAUUACGGUUGCGGGGUACGUGUGCGAGAGGGAGGACCUCUGCGGAAUAUUCGUCAAGGGGCUCAAUGAAGGUAGCGACGCGUACAAGUCUGGCAAAAUCAAUUUGAACGACCGCAUAGUGGAAGUGGACGGGCAGCCUUUGCAGGAGUUCACAAACCACGAGGCAGUUGAAAAGUUGAAGCAAACCGGAGACGAGGUUGUGUUAACGUUAGAACGAUACCUACGUGGACCUAAGUACGAGCAUUUACAAGAAGCUUUAGCCAGUCAAGAACACAAGGACACCAGCCCCGCUUCACCGUCGGCCACAACCUUAAGUUGGAUACCGAUCGAAAACACAGAACAAAUACAAAUCGAGCCCGAGGGUGAGUCUGUGAUCAGCAUCAACAGCGAAAUCUACGAUCAGAAUCCGGAAACCCGGGAAAUAUUCAUCGAAGAAAACUUCGAAGCUAAUCCAGCGGAUGAUUUGGAGACGGCCAUCAAAAACAAAUGGGAGGGCCUGAUCGGCAGUGAAGCCGACAUAGUGGUUGCAAACCUAACGAAACUAAAAGGCUUGGGCAUCAGUCUAGAAGGAACAGUAGACGUGGAAGGAGGAAUCGAAUUAAGACCCCACCACUACAUCAGAUCGAUACUACCGGAAGGACCUGUGGGACAAAACGGUAAGUUGAGUCCCGGGGACGAGCUGCUGGAAGUCAACGGACAGAAACUGUUGGGCAUCAAGCACGUGGAAGUGGUGAAAAUCCUCCGGGAGUUGCCGAGCACCGUGCGACUGGUGUGCGCACGAAAGAACGAAAGCAACCGAGUGAUAAACACGUCGCAGGACCACGAAGCGUUCGAGACACGCAACAUAUUGGGGGGCAGCCUCAAGAACCUCCUGCCGCAACCGGAGCAGAGGUUGCUGAAAGCCCUGAGUGACACGAGCCUCAACACCUCCAGCACCGUGACGGUCACGGACGAGCCCAGCUUGCAGAAGGCUAAGUCGCGAUCGCUGGAGGUCACCAACCUCGCAAUGUGGAGUGAGGACGUCGAGUACGUCGAGCUGGUGAAGACCGACAGAGGCUUGGGCUUCUCGAUACUCGACUACCAGGAUCCGCUAGAUCCGAAGAGCACGGUGAUCGUGGUGCGGAGUCUGGUACCGAACGGGGCUGCUGAACACGACGGCGGCAUUACGCCCGGGGACCGUUUGAUCAGCGUCAACGAUAAAGUUAUUAAAAACGCCACUCUGGACCAGGCGGUGCAAGCUUUGAAGAGCACGCUGCCUGGUGUUGUGAAAUUGGGCAUUUCCAAGCCGCUGCCGAGCUCCAGAGCCAGCGCCACCUCGAAUAACCUCAACGCUAAAUCUUAAUUUCUUCCCGUUGUUUGUGAUUUUAUUUUAAUACAUAUAGAUCUGGUAAAAAACAUACAUAUGUAGGGAUUUUAUUUUGCUCAAACUUGCACAAAGUGGAUCAACAUUCUUUUCAACUGGAAAUUAUCGGGUUUUGAAAUAGUUUGUAUACAUUUAUCACUAAUUGUGACACUGUAAUUUGAUCCACCUCAUGCAAAAAUUGUAAAACAUGGCAGUACAAAUAAGCAGUUUCUGUUAAAUUGUUGUUUAUCAAUUUUGUUAAUAUUUAGAGUCCGUGAUUCGAUAAUUACUUUAACAUAUUAAUUGGAAGUGAAUGUAAAGCACAAUCACGGCUGCCUUCGAUAAUGAGAAAUGUAUAGAUAGUCAAUAAUGUGGAUCUAAAUAACGUAGCAUGUAAGUAUUAGUUAUACGAAUUUACAAGCUUCAUGGGCACAACAUUUUGUGGUAUUUUUACCGGUAUACAUAUUUAAUCGUAUAGAAUUAAGCAUAUCAAAGCGUUAAACCGUUAGGGGUAGGUGCGUAUUUAUAAAUAUUUUCGAGCACAGUUCUCUAACAUUCUCGAAUGAAUGAGCAUAAGCUGCGUUGUGAUAUUGGGAAAUCAACAGAGACACGAGGACGAUGAUCAUUUGAAAUUAUUUAAAUGCUUCGAUAUCGUCGAAUUUGUGAGAAUCACCUCGAUAUUUAUCAACUUUCAAUUUUCUCAGCUUCGUAUUUUUUCACAACUUAUUAAUAGUAAAGAAAUUUAAUAUAACGUUGGUUGUGUAUUUGAAAACUUCAACUCUAUGUACUUGUGAAUUGGAAUGUGUUUGAUAAAAGGGUUAUUUAAAUUAUUAUGAUACGUGUUGAUGUUGAAAAAUUUAUAACUUGAAUAACAAUAAUUAAUGUAAGUAAUGUCUUUCAACGUUAGUUGGAAGAUUAUUGUUAACACUUGCAUUCUUAAAAUCAUAUCUGUAAAAAUCGAUUUAUGUCCUUAAAUAAUUAGCGAUAAUCUUCUAACUUGAACACUGAGUUGUGCGGUCCAAGUUCGAUAUAAAAAUUAAAUUUAAUUUUAGAUAACUAUCACAUGCAUUCAUCUCUGAACCCCAUUGUUUUAUAAAGUUGUAUUGUGUAAGGUAAUGUUACAUAAAUGCAUCGAAAACUUUCAUAGUGCACAUGGGGUUUUUUUAAUAAUCUAGACAAUCAUAUUCAAAUCGAAAUACUCUGAAAUUAUGUAACCGACUAGAUGCUCCAAAUUGAUAUAAAAUUUAUUUGAUGACUUAACAACACAUUUUACACGCUAAAUGUUCUCCCCAAAGAGCCGUUGAUUUUUUUUUCGUAUACAUCUAAUUAACGAUUAUUAAAAUUACUCAAAAUAAUAAGCAUACUUGUUAAUAGCGUACAUAAUACAUUCGCAAUAUUUUUUGUAUAAAUACGUAAAACAAUGGAAUUGACUCUGAAGAAUAUAUUGUAGACUUAGAGCGUAAGCCUAUUUAUUUUGUCGUUAGUGCCAUCGCUUUGUGAUUUUAAUUUUGAUUAGUUAAGACUGAUUUGUAUAUUAUUAUGCUUUAAUUCAGGCUACGUUAAUUCAUGUCCAUACAUUGAUCUCAAUUUUAUAGUAAAUUUGUCUAGGAGUUUUAUAUGUUUUGUUAUUAUAACUUAAUACAUAUAUUGUAUUGUUAAUUGAAAAAAAUAAAUUAUCAAAACAG